UUGACAGAUGUACCAAGUGGCUUCCAUAUUAGUUUGGAAAAAAUGCCCAUUGAAGGAGAGAAUUUGAUACUGUCCUGUUCAGCCAACAAAUUCCUGUACAAAGACAUUGCUUGGAUUUUACCGAGGACGGUCAACAAUCAAACGAAAGUGAGAAGGUCUCUCAAGAAGGAGUACUCCUCCACCCUCACUCUGACCAUCAAGAACGUUUCCCUGGCACACUCGGGCACAUAUGCCUGCCGAGCAAGGAAUAUAUACACGGGGAAAGAAGUGCUUCAAAAGAAAGACGUUACAAUCAGAGCUCAAGAGGCACCAGCCCUGCUGCGGCAUCUCACGGAUCAGACAGUGAACACCAGCAAAUCUGCCAUGUUGGAGUGCCAGGUUCGUGGCAUCCCCGAGCCCCAGAUAUCCUGGUUUAAAAACCAUGAGGAAAUACAGCAAGAAUCAGGAAUAAUUUUAGGGCCUGGAAGCCGAAUGCUGUUUAUUGAAAGAGUAAAGGAGGAGGAUGAAGGACUUUACCAGUGUAUAGCCACUAACUUAAAAGGGUCUGUGGAGAGUGCAGCGUAUGUCACCGUACAAGGCACACCGGAAAGGUCAAACCUGGAGCUAAUAACCCUGUCCUGUACCUGCGUGGCUGCAACUCUCUUUUGGCUCCUGUUGACUCUCUUCAUUCGCAAGCUGAAGAGGCCUUAUUCCUCUGAAGUGAAGACCAACCAUUACCUGUCAAUCAUAAUGGAUCCUGAUGAAGUCCCCUUAGAUGAGCAAUGUGAACGUCUGCCUUAUGAUGCCAGCAAGUGGGAAAUUGCAAGGGAAAGGCUUAAACUAGGGAAGUCUCUUGGACAUGGAGCAUUUGGAAAAGUGGUACAAGCAUCUGCUUUUGGAAUUAAGAAAUCACCAACAUGCAGGAUAGUUGCUGUGAAAAUGCUGAAAGAAGGGGCCACAGCAAGUGAGUAUAAAGCGCUGAUGACUGAGCUGAAAAUCCUGAUCCACAUUGGUCAUCAUCUCAAUAUUGUGAAUUUGCUGGGAGCUUGCACAAAAAAUGGAGGGCCUCUGAUGGUGAUUGUUGAAUACUGCAAGUAUGGGAAUUUGUCAAACUACCUGAAGAGCAAGAGGAAUUUUUUCUGCCCUAACAAGGACUCCCCUCCACAAGGAGAGCUAAUGAAAGAGAAGAGGGAUAUUGAGCUGGUGGAAGGCAAAAAACAAAGGCUGGCCAGUGUCACCAGCAGCGAGAGCUUUGCGAGCUCUGGGUUCCAGGAAGAUAAAAGUCUGAGUGAUGUGGAGGAGGACGAGGAGGAUGCUGAUGAGCUCUACAAGUUGCCCCUCACUAUGGAGGACCUGAUCUCCUACAGCUUUCAGGUGGCCAGAGGCAUGGAGUUUCUAUCCUCCAGAAAGUGCAUUCAUCGUGACCUGGCAGCCAGAAACAUCCUUUUAUCUGAGAACAAUGUCGUGAAGAUCUGUGAUUUUGGCCUCGCAAGAGAUAUUUAUAAGAAUCCUGAUUAUGUGAGAAAAGGAGAUGCUCGACUUCCUCUCAAGUGGAUGGCUCCAGAAUCCAUAUUUGAUAAAAUCUACAAUACAAAAAGCGACGUCUGGUCCUACGGGGUCUUGCUGUGGGAGAUAUUUUCUUUGGGUGCCUCUCCUUACCCCGGAGUCCAAAUAGAUGAGGAUUUCUGCAGCAGACUGAAGGAAGGCACAAGAAUGCGAGCCCCGGAGCAAGCGACCAAGGAGAUCUACCAAAUCAUGCUGGACUGCUGGCGAAGCAAUCCCAACGACAGGCCAAGGUUCUCCGAGCUGGUGAAAAAGCUAGGCGACCUGCUGCAAGCAAACGUCGAGCAGGAAGGCAAAGACUACAUACCCCUCAAUACAAUAUUUGCAACAGAAAGUGUUUUUCCGCCUGCAUCUGAUGCAUUGUGCAAUGAAAAUUUUUCUGUUUCAAGCUCAAAUUGUGGAAGCACUGAAAAUGUCAGAUACAUAAACACUUUCAAAAUAAAACCACCCCAGAGCAUAAAGACAUUUGAAGAGCUUCCCAUCAAGGAAACGCUUGUAUUUAAUGAUUAUCAAGCAGACAGCGGGAUGGUGUUGGCUCCAGGAGAACUAAAACGCUUCACGUGGACAGGCAUCAAGCAGAAACGGACGCUCUUUGGUGUGAAAGGUGCCAGCAGGAGCAAGGACUCGGUGCUUUCUGGAAUAACCAAGCCAAGAAGUUUCUGCAGUUUCAGCUGUGACCAGCUCAGCGACUCCAAGCGAAGAUACACGUGUGGUAAUGCGGUGCUGGAGAAAAUGAAAGCAAGCCAUUCCCCCCCUCCCGACUACAACUCCGUCGUCCUUUACUCUCAGCCACCUGCUUAA